AUGGCACUGCGUUGGUCUUCACUCGCCGGCCCCUGGUCGACAAGCAGACAAAGAUAUGCCCAAAGGAGUCGGCUCCACGUUCCAUCUAUUCACUCGUUCACAUUCAACGGUCUUAAAACUUGCCACUCAAGUAGCGUUGAAUUAUUACCCCGUCUCUUCAGCACUUCCUCGCGCCAGUAUGACUCCAGAAUCGUUGUGCGCGUCCCCCCGAUGGCAGAGUCAAUCACAGAAGGAACUCUAAACCAGUUCAACAAGCUGGUUGGCGACUUCAUCGAGCUGGAUGGAGAGCUCGCCACAAUUGAGACGGAUAAGAUUAAUGUUUCGGUGAACGCACCGCAACCAGGAGUUAUCAAGCAAUUGCUUGUGGGCGAAGGAGAUGUUGUCACUAUCGACCAAGAAAUUGCGGAGAUUGAAGCUGGCGAACAAGUUACAACCCAAUCUGAGAAGAGCAAAUGGCCAGCUUCGAGGGUCCAGGAUAAGCCUAAAUCAAAGCAACAGCCUACAAGCACAGUGCAAGCGCCUGCUCAUGAAGCCGAAAAGCCAUCCAAGCACGAAGAGAGCCCAAAAAAAGCACCGGCAACUACUCCAAUUACGCCACCAGCUGCUGGACAGCCCCAAGCCUGGGGAUUCAGACCGAGUUGCGCAGAGGAGAAGGCAAGUUUCUGGGGUAAGCUUCCCAGGAUUAACAACUGA